CUGGAUAAAUACUCCCAGUGGCCAGUCUUGGAGUCUGAGUCUCUGCUGCUAUUACCAAAGCCACCAAUCUAAACCCACUCUCCGGCCACCCGGAUAACAUCUCUGCCAUGUCUUAUCUUCGACCCCUCCUGCUCUUAGCACUACUGGUUCUGGGGACCCAGAUUUCUUAUGCUCAACAUUGGUCCCAUGGCUGGUAUCCUGGGGGGAAGAGAGCAUUAGAGGGAAACCCAAGCCUAGAGGCCUCAGAAGAAGCGAAGUCGUGGGAUGGUGGUGAGAGGUCCCUGCUGAAGACGCUGCUGGCUGAUAUUCUGGCCCAGCAAAAACAGAAGAAGUGACCCAACCCAUCACCCUUCCCCCAGCAUGUCAGCACAUAUCUCACCCUCAGCUUCUGGGGGUUCCCAAAAUCCUUUCCUUGUUUGUUAUCAUUAUUAAUGUCUAUACUCUCUUCCUAUAAGUCCCUAAGGACAGGGGGUUUGCCAGGUCAAACUUUGUAACCCCAGAGUAUUGCUCAAAGUAGUUAAUUAAUAAAUGUCUUAAUAUUCUGUA